AUGGAAAUACUCAAAUUAAAUCUGAUUAAAGUAAAACAGAUUAAAGUAAAACAGAUUAAAGUAAAACAGAUUAAAGUUAACCAGAUUAAAGUUAGCCAGAUUAAAGUAAAACAGAUUAAAGUAAAACAGAUUAAAGUUAGCCAGAUUAAAGUUAGCCAGAUUAAAGUAAAUCAGAUUAAAGUUAGCCAGAUUAAAGUAAAUCAGAUUAAAGUUAGCCAGAUUAAAGUUAGCCAGAUUAAAGUAAAUCAGAUUAAAGUUAACCAGAUUAAAGUUAGUCAGAUUAAAGUAAAACAGAUUAAAGUUAGCCAGAUUAAAGUAAAUCAGAUUAAAGUUAGCCAGAUUAAAGUCAGCCAGAUUAAAGUAAAACAGAUUAAAGUUAGCCAGAUUAAAGUUAGCCAGAUUAAAGUAAAACAGAUUAAAGUUAACCAGAUUAAAGUUAGUCAGAUUAAAAUUACCCAGAUUAAAGUUAGCCAGAUUAAAGUAAAACAGAUUAAAGUAAAACAGAUUAAAGUUAGCCAGAUUAAAGUUAGUCAGAUUAAAGUUAGCCAGAUUAAAGUAAAACAGAUUAAAGUAAAACAGAUUAAAAUUAGCCAGAUUAAAGUUAGUCAGAUUAAAGUAAGACAGAUUAAAGUUAGUCAGAUUAAAGUAAAUCAGAUUAAAGUUAGCCAGAUUAAAGUAAAUCAGAUUAAAGUUAGCCAGAUUAAAGUUAGUCAGAUUAAAGUAAAACAGAUUAAAGUUAGUCAGAUUAAAGUAAGACAGAUUAAAGUUAGUCAGAUUAAAGUUAACCAGACUAAAGUUAGCCAGAUUAAAGUAAAACAGAUUAAAGUAAAACAGAUUAAAAUUAGCCAGAUUAAAGUUAGCCAGAUUAAAGUAAAACAGAUUAAAGUUAGCCAGAUUAAAGUUAGUCAGAUUAAAGUAAAACAGAUUAAAGUUAGUCAGAUUAAAGUAAAUCAGAUUAAAGUAAAUCAGAUUAAAGUAAAUCAGAUUAAAGUUAGCCAGAUUAAAGUAAAUCAGAUUAAAGUAAAUCAGAUUAAAGUUAGCCAGAUUAAAGUAAAUCAGAUUAAAGUUAGUUAAAGUUAGUCAGAUUAAAGUAAAACAGAUUAAAGUUAGUCAGAUUAAAGUAAAUCAGAUUAAAGUAAAUCAGAUUAAAGUUAGCCAGAUUAAAGUUAGCCAGAUUAAAGUAAGUCAGAUUAAAGUUAGUCAGAUUAAAGUUAGUCAGAUUAAAAUUAGUCAGAUUAAAGUUAGUCAGAUUAAAACCGACAGACAUCUGAGCCACAACUGUGUGUUUGAAUCUCGACAUUUUCAUGCCAAAAACAAUAAAUAAAUCAUCAGCUGAUCAGUUAUUAGUUCUGAUCCUGAUCACACACCAGAGUACAGAUGUACACGAGCAGGUCUUUUAUCAGCGACCGUCAUGUGGUGCCAGAGCUUAAAACGCUCGACUGAUUGAAAAGCUUGAUUGUAAAACUGACUUUUCCAACUUUUCUCGUCACGUUAAUAAAAACUGGUAACUUUCA